GACGACCGUAUGGAGGUUAAUGGUGACAUUUUCACUGUUACAGCACUCGUUAUGACGCACACAGCCCACUUGUCACCUUUUGCCAAGGAGCAUGAAUCUGCCAUGUUAUCGCCAGACAGUGGUUUUCAAUUCACGCCUGAAAAGCCCGACAAUUCCAUCGUAUUCACCGACGACUCCAGUUUUGACAGCAACGAAGAGAAAAAACUCGUACGACGAAUGGACUGGCAUAUCAUGCCGCUAUUUUGCAUAUUCUAUUUCACCGAUUAUCUCGACCGAGCGAAUAUUGGCAAUGCAACCUUGGCCGGUAUACAAAGUGAUCUUGGGUUAACAGCCGCCCAAUUAAGUACGGCGAUAUCUGCAUUCUAUAUUACCUAUAUCCUCUGUGAAGUUCCUUCCAAUGUUAUGCUGAAGCGCAUGAAUGCCGCUUAUUGGUUAUCGAUAUUAAUGCUGCUGUGGGGCACUGUCACUCUACUGAUGGCCUUUAGCACCAAUUUUGCUGGAUUACUCAGUGCACGAUUGUUUCUGGGUGCUGCAGAAUCAGGUUAUAUUCCUGGCAUCCUUUAUCAAAUGUCACGCAUCUACAAACCACGGGAAUUCGCUUUGAGAGUCAGCAUCCUGUUAACCAUGGCAACGCUGUCCGGAAUUGUUUCGGGUCCUAUCGCCUUUGGUGCCACGUUGUUGGAAGGCAAACUUGGUCUACACGGUUGGCAAUACCUUUUCAUUUUUGAAGGUGCCCCCACGGUGCUUCUCAGCAUCGUCUCAUUCUUUACGCUGUUUGAUAAUAUCGAGGAUGUCAAAUGGUUGUCCAACACCCAAAAAGCACUUCAGCAACAACGCAUGCAAUCGCUGAACAGUGACGACCAUGGACCUAUUACACGCACCACCUUUGUCAUUGCCAUCACCGAUUGGAAGACUUGGUGCUUUUCCAUCGUUUAUUUACUCAAUGCCAUCAAUAUGACAAGCAUGAGCGUGUUCACUCCCACAUUGAUUGAUGGCUUUGGAUUCCCUGUGCUUACCUCGCAGUUAUUAACCGCCCCGCCCAGCGUUGCCGGCACUUGUGCGGUUUUACUCGGCGGUGUCUUGUGCAAUCGUUUCAAUCGACGCUCACCUCUUUUGGUGGUCGGAUCCAUUAUCAAUGCCAUUGGAUUCCUGCUCCUUUUGACACUUAAUAGCGCUUGGGGUAAGCUAAUUUCUCUUCAAUGCAUCUCUCUUUUACUGGUUUUUAUUAAUCGGAUCGGACUUUCCUCUUGGUUCAAAGCUCUAUACAGUUCCAUUUUCGUCAUUACCAUCGGCAUGGGAUUACAAGGUAAUUUGAUGAUUCUAAAAAGCGGUGGACCCUGAAAUUUCUCACGCGACAUUACAGCCGCAGCCGUGGUGGGAUGGUCAGCCGUCAAUUAUCCGGAUCUCAAUGUUCGUGCGGUUGCCGUGGCCAUGGUAGUCAUGAUAGGCAAUGUGGGUGGUGUCAUUGCUUCAUUUCUGUACCAAUCCUACGAUGGACCCCGUUACGGUAAUACGAUGGCUUGAGAAUGAUCGAAAUUACAUUAUAUUCUCACACUUUUUCAAUAUAGCUUUUGGCAACACUGCCAACAU